AUGGCCGCCCCUGUUGCCGAGAUCGACCUCAAGAAGCCCGCGCCCGUCGCGGAGGUGCCCAAGGAGGAGGAGAAGGGGCUCACCAACGACAUCAUCACCAAGUACACCACUGCCGGCCAGGCCCUCGCUGCGGCUCUCAAGAAGUUUACCCCCGAGAUCGCUGCGGGCAAGAAGGUCCUUGAGCUCUGCAUCGCCGGCGACAAGCACAUCGCUGACGCCGUCGCGCCCCUUUACAACAAGGCCAAGGCUGGUGUCAAGGUCUCCAAGGGCUCGGCGUUCCCCACCUGUAUCUCGGUCAACAAUGUUGUCUCGCACGUCUCGCCCCUUCCCUCCGACCCCGAGUACACGCUCAAGGACGGCGAUGUUGUCAAGGUCCAGCUCGGUGUUCACAUUGACGGCUACGCCGUUGUGCACGCCGAGACCAUCGUGAUCGGCUCCAAGGUCGAGGGUCCCACUGCCGACGUCAUCGCUGCUGCGUACGACGCCGCGCAGGCUGCCAUGCGCACGCUCAAGGUCGGCGCCAAGAACUGGGACGUUACCGAGGUCGUCACCAAGGUCGCCAAGGAGUACGAGACCCUCCCCGUCCAGGGCAUGCUCUCGUGCAACCACGAGCAGAACGUCACGGACGGUAAGAAGCGCAUCCUCCUCAACCCCACGCCCGAGCUCAAGCGCGAGCACGAGUCGUGUACCUUCGAGGAGGGUGAGGUGUACGGCGUCGAUGUCCUCGUUGUCACCGGCACCGACGCCAAGGCUCGCCCUGAGGACGCUCGCACGUCGGUUUACAAGCGCGCCAACGACGUCAACUACCAGCUCAAGAUGAAGACGUCGCGCACGACCUUCUCCGAGAUCCAGAAGAAGGCCGGUGCUUUCCCCUUCACCCUCCGUGCCCUCGAGGACGAGAAGCGCGCCCGCAUGGGUGUCCAGGAGGCUGUGGCCCACGGUCUCCUCAAGCCCUACGAGGUCACCCAGACCCCGUCUGGCUCGAUCGUUGCCCAGUUCUUCUUCACCCUCGCCCUCAUGCCCGCCGGCCCCUUGCUGCUCUCCCCCGUCCCCACCUGUGACAAGGUCAAGUCGGCCAAGGGUGUCAAGGACGAGGAGCUCAAGACUCUUCUUGCCGCGCCCCUCCGCGCGCCCAAGAAGAAGGCCAAGAAGGCCGCCGCCGAGGCCAAGGCCUAA